UGUGUCUUAUACUCGUAUUGUCCGUUACUCUUACUCGUUAGUGCGUUGUCGUCUUCUUCGGGCUCUCGGCUUCUUGCCAGUUUUUAAUUUUGUUAUUUCUUAUCCGUURGUUUAUUGUAAAUUUUUCACUUUUUACUCACAAAAUUACAAUUUACCAGUUGGCAGUUGCUGUUUGUCAGUAGACACUAGACCGAUUACAGAUUGGAAAUUCCUAACUGACUGACUGACCGGCGAUUUCGUUGUUUUUGGAAAAGCAGAAAUGGAUGAAACAAAUGGAGUGGAUUCAUCUGAUGAAGUUGAUAWUUUGAUGGAGGAAUCACCUGUAGAUGUUAAAGACUCUAUACUAAAAGACAAAAACUCUGCGUUACUCCACAGUAUGGAUAGUGAAGAAAGAGAGAAAAGAUACAAAAAUUUACUCGCUCUUCUAGAAAAUAGUACUAAAUUAUCUAAUGUAUUUGAAACCAGAUUAAAAAAUUGUAAACUACAAAUUAUUAAAAACGAACUGGAAAAAGCUAAUAAAGUUGAUGAAAAUAUACCGAAUAAUGUUGAAGUUAAUCCAAAUACAGUUUCAAAUAAUCAAACAAUCGAAAAUGAAGAAUAUGAAAACUAUUAUUUAAAGUUAUUUCAACAACCAAAAUUAUUUAAUGGGACACUUAAAAAUUAUCAGAAAGAAGGUCUUUUAUGGAUAAGAACAUUGUUUGAAAAUGGUUUAAAUGGUAUCUUAGCCGAUGAUAUGGGGCUUGGUAAAACUAUACAAACUAUAGCUUUCUACUGUUUCCUUUUGGAAAUGGGAAUAAGAGGACCAUUACUUAUUAUUGCUCCACUGUCUACAAUUCCCAAUUGGUUAUCCGAAUUCAUUAAAUUUGCUCCUCAACUAAAGACUUUAUUGUACCAUGGUUCAGAUACAGAACGCUAUGUAAUUCGAACAAAAAUUAAUACAAAUCAUAAAGUGGGAAAUUUAAACAUAAAUGCUAUUGUGAUCACAACUUAUGAAAUUUUGCGUAUGGACACAAAAUUCUUAAAAAGUUAUGAUUGGAAGUAUAUUACAAUUGAUGAAGGUCAUAAGCUGAAAAACUCAUUAACUAUAACAAACAGAUGCCUGCGUGAAUUUGCUUGUGCAAAUAAACUUAUACUUACUGGGACACCUAUUCAAAAUAACAUGAAUGAACUAUGGACUUUGUUAAAUUUAUUGAUGCCUAAAUUAUUUAAUGAUAUAAAAGAUUUUAGCUCAUGGUUUGUGUUAAAUGACUUUCAUGGUACAAAUGACCGGAUUGUCAAUAUAGCUACUAAAGAUGAAAUAUUGGAUAUCAUAGUAAAAAUAUUAAAGCCUUUUAUUUUGAGAAGGCAAAAAUCGGAGACUGAUCUAAACUUACCACCAAAGAAAGAAAUUGUUAUUUAUGCUCCAGUCACUGAACUGCAACACAAAUUGUACAUGGCUACCUUGUCCAAGGAAAUGGAUACAUUGUUAAAUAAAGAACCGGUAACUCAGAGCGAACUUGGAGUAAAGUCUAAAAGGAAAUGUGUACAAUCUAUUCAAAGGUAUACUGAGAAUAGGGUUAUAAGAAAAACUGAACCAGAACCAAAAGUUGAGCCAAAAGAUAAGGCUGUCUCAUUAGUAUUACUAAAUCCAUUUAUUCAAUUAAAGAAAAUAUGUAAUCAUCCAUACCUUGUUCAUAUGCCUUUAAUUCCGGGGCAAAACAAAAUACUUGUUGAUGAAAACAUUGUUAAAGCUAGUGGAAAAUUUCUAAUAUUGGAUGCAAUGUUAUCAAAAUUAAAAUUACUUGGUCAUAAGAAUCCUCAAUGUGAUUUACAAGCCCAAGAUCGAUGUCAUAGAAUUGGCCAAGUUAAACCGGUUGUUGUUUACCGUUUAUGUACUAAAAGCACAGUUGAUGAAAAAAUAUUAGCACAUGCUGCCGCUAAGAGAAAAUUAGAAAAAAUUGUCAUUGGGAAUGGUACAUUUAAUAGAAGUACAAAAAUUAACUUAUCGAAUAUAAAGGAUCUAAUGAAUUUGUUAGAAUCGUCUGAUUAUGAUAAACAAAUACAAUCAAAUGGAUUUAUUUUAUCCGAUGAAGAAUUAGACUCACUUUUAGACCGAUCUGAUAUGGUUGAAUCAACACCAAGGACAAAUCCUUCUCAGUCAGCAAAACAUUUUGAAGUAUUGACCUAGAUGUUUAUUAUUUUGUUUUUCUGAAAGUAGUUCAUAGUUGUUUAUUUUAAUACAGUUAUAGAAAAGAGAUUUCAUAUGUUWAAAAGGUGAAUUUUUUGUUUCAAACUUUUUUUUCUUGUCAAAUUUUAUGYACUUAUUGAACUUAUUUGUUACAAUGUUUUAAAGGUUACUAUUUAUGUUUCAUUUUUUUUUAUACA